AUGUCAUUGCGCAGUUUACCUCCUUUCUUGAUUGCUUUUAAUGUUGUCGGUUACUUGCUACAAUAUGUGGCUCCUAUUAUUGGUCUACUUGGCAACGUUCUGGUCAUUAUAGUUUAUGCACGAACUUAUAAGCGUGGCAAUAACAACACUGACUAUUUAGUUAUUAAUUUAGCUGUCGUCGAUAUUGCUAUCGUCGUGUCUCAAUCAUUGGAAGGGUUAUGGUUUUACUUUCGUCUUCAUUUUCGAUAUGCACUAAAUAAUAUUUUAUGCCGUUUUGAAUGGUUUGUCUACUUUCUUGUCUUUGCACUAUCGGCUGCUACUCUAUUAUCUAUUAGUAUUGAACGAUUUCGUGCAAUUAUGAUGCCAUUGCGAGGAGCAUGGAAUAAGAGGCAGGUUAAAGUGUUAAUAUCUUGUAUAUGGUUAAUAUGUACAAUUGUUGUAACUCCUGUUCUCUUCAUUAGCCGACUCGAUACACAAUAUCAUAACUAUCCGAUUAUUUUAGGCAUCAAAGGUAAUGGAUCCAAUAGUAAUAGCGGCAGUAACUUUAGUAAUGUUUCAACUACGGUUAUGACUAUGAGCAAUAGAACAAUAUAUUUCUGUAUCAUAUCCGGGCCUAAUUCUAAUGCUUACACUGAUGCAUUUCCAAUUAUGUACGCUAUAAUUAUUUAUAUCCUGCCAUUAAUUAUCAUGAUAACCGCCUAUAGUUGUAUGACCUGGAAGUUAUGGAAGCAUGUCGAGUUAGGGCAAAAUACGAUGUCAAUUCGCCGCAAGCAAAAGAGAAAUCGAAAGAUUGUUAUGAUGUUCUCAAUUAUCACGAUAGCCUUCAUGUUAUGUUAUGCCCCAUUUGUAGCUUGGUAUAUUAUCGAACAAUUUUAUACACCUUAUCAUAUUGGAUAUCGUCUAAGUUUGAAUAGGGCAUUUUUUAGUCGGUUUAAAUACUUACCUGCGUUGAACUCAGCGAUCAAUCCGGUUGUUUAUGCGUUUGCAGGAAAUAGUUUCAAGCAACGCCUAAGAGAAUUAUUUCGGACAGUACGUCGUCGUAAAUCUUAUAAUCUCAAUUUAACCGACAUGAUUAAUAUUUCGCCUCGACUUUCCUCACUGAAAGGGCAAAGUCAAAAUAUUUCAAAAUGA